AUGUCUUGCGUCGCGGGAGUCGACUCCUCGCUCGGGCCCCGAGUCGAUCCCGCGUGCCGCCAGUUUGACUUUACCCUCGCGUUUGAGGACGUUGUCUUUGUCUGCGUCCCAGCAGCCUUAUUUAUUGUGCCUGCAUUGGUGCAGAUUGCUAUUCUGUUGCAGAAGCAAGCUGAGGUUCAGCGAAAGCUCGAUGUCUUUGUCGGGGUCAAACUUCUUGCCUUAAUCGCAGCGUUGGCAACCCAGCUCGCUGUGUUAGGAAUCCGCGUUCAGACUACGGCUCUCGUGACGAGCGUGUCGCUAGCCGGCAAUGUCUUAGCCUCCGUUGCGACUGCUGCUGCGACGGUAUUGUCUUUUACGAGCUACCGCAAAUCCGCUCGGCCUUCGACGCUUCUGGCUCUCUACCUCUCUGCUGCUGUUUUAUUGGGCAUUGCUCGCGCGCGAACAUUCUGGCUAAUCACAGGAAGCAGCUCCGCGUCGGCGUCUUUGAUAGCAUCCUUGGCCUUGCUGCUCUCAGCGCUCUUCUUGGAGUCGCUCGACAGCAAGCCGCUGGAUGCUAAUGUCGCGCAGACGCAAGGGGAAACCCCCGAGCUCUACAGUGGCUUCUGGAACAGAAUCACCUUUUCGUGGCUGGCGACUACAUUUUGGGUUGGCUACUCCAAAGUCAUAUCCGUCAAUGAUCUCCCUGGGCUUGACCCUAAGCUGCAUAGUCAUGCUCUGCAAGACCAACUCUCGUCGAACUGGAAUAAAAGUGAUAAAAAGGGCAGAUAUGCCAUACUGCGUGUCUGUAUCCGCACUUUUUGGCCGUCGCUCGUUUCUACAGUCAUACCUCGCCUCUGCGUCACCGUAUUUACCUUUUCGCAGCCAUUUUUGGUGAAUACAACACUAUCUUAUGUCGGAGCCAGUGAGCGUGAUGCUGACUAUGGACGUGGUCUUAUUGGCGCCUGGGUUCUUGUAUAUCUAGGCAUCGCCGUGUCCAAUUCUGUUUACAGCUACCAGAAUCUACGCUUCUCUUUGAGAAUUCGAGGUAGCCUCAUUGCCCUCGUGUUUCAACGCAACGUCAACACCCGACCUGUCGACAUGGGAGACAUCACCGGCGUGACGCUCAUGGGCACCGACGUUGAACGUAUUGUCAGCGGAAUGCAAAUGUUUAAUGAGCUCUGGGGUUCGCUAUUAGAUGUUGCCGUGGCUGCUUGGCUUCUCGAGCGCCAGUUAUCUCUCGCGUGCCUUGCUCCCAUUGUGCUGAUUCUGAUCUUUGUUGCCAUUACAUCCAAAAUCUCUGCAUCUGCAAGCACGUCGCAGCGACAAUGGGUCGAAAAAGUCCAAGAACGGCUUCGCGUUACAACCGCUGUCCUCAGAGACAUGAAGAGCGUCAAGCUUCUCGGCCUUCCAACCGUGCUGUCCAAAGUAAUCUCUGCGAUUCGCCUUGAUGAGAUUAAAACAUCGGAAGGAUUCCGCAAAAUCAUUGUUGCCACCAUCUUGCUGUCAUUAACACCAAUCAACCUUGCUCCAGUCGUCACAUUUGCUGUCUAUGUGAUAAUAUCUCUCUAUUGGAAAGACAGCACUCUUCUCACUGCCCAGGCGUUCACCGCUGUCGCACUCAUCGGCCUGCUCGUCAACCCCGUCAUCGUUUUUAUCCAGACCCUGCCAAACUUUUUGCAAACAACGGGAUGUUUUGGGCGCAUUCAAGAGUAUUGUAACUACGCAGACACAGCUGCACAGGCAAAGAAGCCGUCGGUCAACUCUGAUUCUGCUCAGGCCGAGAACCCAAUCAUCGAUGACCGCGAAGAGGGAGUUGGCGGUUUUCGUGAAAAUAACAAUACAAUAAAGCUUGAAGACUAUCUUGAUGGUGAGACCUUUGCGUGGAAAGAUAAAGGUACAAAUGUCCUCACGAAUACUCAUGUGCCCGUCUUGAGCGGCAGCAUCAACGUCAUUGCCGGCCCAACAGCCAGCGGCAAGUCGGCGUUGUUGACUGCCCUACUUGGUGAAAUGGCCGCAUCGACAGGGUCUCAGAGUCGCCCAAUCAGCGGUACUGUUGCCUAUUGCGCCCAGAAUCCUUGGCUUGAAAACGGCACGAUCCGGGAGAGCAUCCUCGGCGUCUCUGAAUAUGAUCCAAAGUGGUACAACAAGGUAGUAUGGGCCUGUGGGCUCGAUGUUGACCUUGCCAGAGCUGAGAAGAAAGACAAGAUCAAGAUUGGUAGCGGCGGCUUGAAUCUUAGCGGCGGCCAAAAGCAUCGUAUUGCCUUGGCUCGAGCCGUUUAUUCCCGGCACAAAACGAUCCUUCUUGACGAUAUAUUCAGCAGCCUGGAUGCGAACACUUCUUCAGCCGUUAGAGAGCGGCUUCUUGGGGCCAACGGCCUUUUACGGCAGGAUACACAAACCGUUAUUUUGGUUUCCAAUGACCUGGCUUUCAUUUCCCUUGCCGACAAUAUUGCCGUGGUCCAAGACGGUCAAGUAUUAGAGUUUGGAUCAUAUCUUGAGCUUUCAAAGAGCGGUGGAUACAUUGGCUCUCCCAAACUGCCCGGUGAUAACAAUCCAUCAAAUUCUGUGGCUCGAGGAACACCGGAGUCCAAAGAUGAAGCUAUUGCCUCGCCUCCAGUAGACAUAUCAGGCGAGCUUGAAGACACUCCUGAAGACUCCAGCAAGGAGCUUGAAGACUUGCGGCGCAAGAAUGGAGAUGCCUCUGUCUACAAGUACUAUUUUGCCAGCGCUGGUUACUUGAUUACCGGCGUCAACAUCUUUGUCAUGCUGAUUUGGACAGUCACUACCGAGUUUUCUUCAAUCUGGAUUAAAUGGUGGUCUGAGGCCAAUGAGAAGCAAGCAAAUGAAAAAAUUGGCAUGUAUUUAGGCGUCUACGCUGCGCUUGGUGUACUUGCAACAGUAGGCGCUUGCCUGGCUGCUUGGACGGCUCUCAUCCCCAUCAUCUCCAAAUCGGCUAUUAAGCUCCAUGAUGAUUUACUGGAGACUACGAUGCGAGCACCCUUGCGGUUCUUCUCUACUACUGACAGCGGAGAAAUCUUGAAUCGAUUCAGCCAGGACAUGGAGCUGAUAGACAUGGAACUGCCGUCUACAAUGAUCAAUUACUCUUCCACCGCAUUUACUUGCGCUGCCAAAGUUAUCAUUAUUGCUAUCUUUUCUAAAUAUCUCGGCAUCGUCAUCCCCUUCAUGGGCACUUUGCUGUUCUUUCUGCAGAGGUUUUACCUGCAAACAUCCCGCCAGCUUAGACAUCUCAGCAUCGAAGCCAAAGCGCCGUUGUAUACGUCCUUCACUGCCGUAUCAGAGGGACUGGUCACUAUUCGCGCCUUUGGUUGGGAGCGCCAGUACCAAGAGCGGUGCCAGCGUCUCAUUGAUGCCUCCCAAAGGCCCGAAUACAUGCUCAGCUGCAUUCAGUACUGUCUUGGGUUCGUCUUGGAGCUUUUGACUGCUGUGUUGGCUGUGGCCCUCGUCACAAUCACCAUCACCCUGGCCGAUCAAUUCUCUGCCGGAAGUGUUGGUGUUGGCUUAGUCAUGGUUAUUAGUUUGAGUGAGGUCCUAGUUCGACUGAUUAAAUCGUGGACCCGGCUUGAAACGAGCAUUGGCGCCGCGGCAAGAGUGAAGAGGUAUAUUGCAGACACCGAGUCGGAAGUGGCCCAGACAAAUGUCGUGGAUAUUUCAUCCCAUUGGCCUGAAGCUGGCCAAUUGGAGAUAGAGAACCUAACAGCUUCUUACAGCGCCGACGCGGAGCCUGCCCUUAACAGUAUCUCGCUGACGGUCAAACCAGGCCAGCACAUUGCUAUUUGCGGGCGCACAGGCAGCGGAAAGAGCUCUAUCAUUCUGAGUAUACUUCAGAUGAUUGAUACCAAACCAGACGGGGCAAUCACCAUUGACGGAGUAGAUGUUUCCGCCGUCAACCCAACUCAGCUUCGUCAGCGAAUCAACAUUGUGCCCCAAAAUGCAUUCCUGUUUCCUGGCACCAUACGCCUUAACCUGGAUCCAUUUUUCGCUGCUUCCGACGAAGCUAUUGUCAGAGCACUCGAACGUGUUGAGUUGUGGUCUGUGGUUCAAGAAAAGGGUGGACUAGAGGUAGCCAUGGACGACAAAGUAUGGUCAGUAGGACAAAAGCAGCUCUUCUGCCUAGCUCGUGCUCUUAUUCGCAAGAGCAAAGUUUUAUUCUUGGAUGAAGCCAUGAGCAACGUCGACGCGAGCACUGAGAAGAUUGCACACGACAUUAUCAACACCGACUUCAAGGGGUGCACAGUCCUUUCCAUUAUGCAUCGUCUGAGCCAUAUUCACUCCUUUGACAGAGUGGCUGUCAUCGCAGAGGGCUCCCUCAUAGAAUAUGACGAACCGGCCAAGUUGCUUGGGCGGCCUAGCCAGUUUGCCGAGCUAUACGCCGCAAGCAAUCAUCAGGGUACAGCACCGGCAACAGAGAAGACUACAUCAGGGUGA